AUGUCUGCUCCUCCGUUCGAACCCAUCGUCGUCAACAGCGGCUUCGAGACUGGCCUGCUCGCGCCCUGGAUCCCCUCUGACCCUGCUGCUGCAACCAUCGCCAACGGAACUGAGGUAUAUGCAGGAAACUACUUUCUUGCCCUGCGAAAUGCACCCGGCAACCGCGCGAACUGGGUGCACCAGCCCCUGAACGACCUCGACGCCAGCACCAACUACACCGUCACUGCGCAGGUCUCAGGCCCUGCUGUCUCUGCUGCAAACUACUGUUCAGCCUGGGUCCACAUCGGCGCCAAUGUUACCACCGGUCUCAUUGACCAGGUCGAUCUCAGCUAUGACGACUUCGGGAAAUGGGUGACCCUCCAAGGGCAGUUCCAGCCAAAGAGCGACGCCGUCGAGCUGUACCUGCGUGCUGCCUGCACUCUCUCGGGGGCGUCGCAUACCAGUGUUCUUUUCUGGGAUGAUAUUGUCGUGGCGCCGGCUGUGCUGGACUAA